UCGUAUCACGCCUAGUAAAACGUUAACCUUCGUGAAGUAACGUCGAUGCCGUGUACUGUGUCGUUUCUAAACGUCUUGUGUCUCAGAAAAGUUUCAUUUUUUUCGUCUUUGAAAACACAUUUCCUUUAUUCAAAGGCCACGGAUGUAUUUUUGAAUACAUUUUCUGAGGGUAGAUGUAUGAUGGACUAUGAAUAUCAAUUACUGAUGAAGAAACACUAGAGUUGAAAAGUAACGUUAAGCUCGAAAAAUAUUUUCAACAUGGCGGCCCCCAUGGGUUUGUCAAAGCGUGACUUGGACGAUUUACGUCCAACGGUUGAUGACAUCGUGCGAAAGGUCUUAGGUUUCUCUGAGCCCAGCGUAACAAUUGCCGCCCUGAAUUGCAUUGGUAAAGGAAUGACAAAGUUAAAAACAGUUGAUUUGUUGAAACCCCUGAUUGAAGAAUCUGCACCCAAGUUUGUGGAGAAGUUAUUUGAAGCUAUCGAGCGGAGCCACAGCAGUCGCGAUGAACACAAAGCAAAAAAGAGGUCAAUCAAAGAUGAGGAUGGCAUUGAUCUCAAACCUAAGAAGCUCAAGUCGAGGUUUGACAGCAGUGAUAUCUCCGAAGAGGAGCCGGCAGUCGCGGAGCAGUGGACUCCCCAGCAGAUCAAAGAGAUGAUGGCUACGGCUAGACUGCAGAUUAUGGCCAAACGAGACCAGACGCCUUCCAAGCCUCAGCCUCAGCCUCAGCCUCGACCCCCACCACCCCAAGCUCCACCUGCCCCUCCCCCUGCCGCCCCCACCUCCCAGGUCCUGAUGAACGAGGCCUUGGAUAAAGCCAGACGGGCUGCGGAGAUUCAGAGCCGAAUCCAGGCUUCCAUGGCCACAGCAGGGCUGGGGCAGCUGGUGCUCCAGCAGGCACUGGCUGGCGUCAGCAUGAAGCAGGCAGAGAGACCGCAGACUGGCGAUAAACCUCCUACGCCGGUCUCAAAACCCACGCCUCUGAUUUUGAAUGAGAAGGGUGUGACCGUGGAUGCAUCCGGCAAGGAGAUCACACUAACGCAACGGGUGCCGACAUUAAAGGCCAAUAUCCGUGCCAAGAGGAGAGAAGAAUUCAAGAUUAACCAAGCAGAGAAGCCUCAGGAUGCCGUCAGCGAAGCGUCCAAAUUCUUCGACUCCAGCAUUGCCCAGGCCCCGGCCCAGCGAACCCGACGAGGAUUCAAGUUCCACGACAGGGGACGGUUUGAGCAGCUAGCCCAGAGGGUUAGAGCCAAGUCCCAGCUUGAAAAACUUCAAAGCGAGAUUGCUCAAGCAGCGAAGAAAACCGGAAUCACGUCAGCAACGAAACUAGCUCUCAUUGCACCUAAAAAAGAAUUGAGAGAAGGUGAGAUACCAGACACGGAGUGGUGGGACACCUUCAUCUUACCCAGAGACUCCUACCGGGACUGCAAGCGGCAAGAGGCAGGGAGCAGCAAGGGGGCCACGGAGAAAUACGUGGGCAUCACCAACCUGGUAGAACAUCCAAUCCAGAUGAAUCCUCCUGCUGAGAUGACCACGACAGUCACCAUGCCCAUCUACCUGACCAAGAAGGAGCGAAAGAAACUCCGCAGACAGACCCGACGAGAGAUCCAGAAGGAACAGCAGGAGAAGGUCCGCUUGGGGUUGGAGCCUCCGCCUGAACCAAAAGUGAGAAUGGCCAACCUGAUGCGUGUCCUGGGCAACGAAGCGGUGCAGGAUCCGACUAAAGUAGAGGCUCAUGUCCGAGCUCAGAUGGCAAAAAGACAAAGAACUCACGAAGAGGCCAACGCCACCCGCAAGCUGACCGCCGACCAGCGCAAAGAGAAGAAGAUACGUAAACUGAAGGAGGACACGUCAUCGGGUAUCCACGUCUCCGUCUACUGCAUCCGAGACCUCAGUAAUCCCGCCAAGCGCUUCAAGAUUGAGGCCAACUCCAACCAGCUCCACAUGACGGGAAUGGCCAUCUCACACAAGGACGUCAACGUGGUGGUCGUCGAAGGAGGGCCCAAACAGCAGGGGAAGUUUGAGCGUUUGAUGAUGCAUCGGAUUAAAUGGGGAGAAGACAAGAAGAGAGGAGCCGAUAUCGACUCAGAUGACUCCGACAAUGAGUCGGAGCCGAAAGUCAACAAGUGCGCCCUCGUGUGGCGGGGUAUGGUCAAGCAGCGCUGCUUCAGCGAGCUGAAGUUCAAGCUGUGUCCAACAGAGUCCAUGGCGAGGGAGCAGUUCCGUAAGCACGGCGUGGAGCACUACUGGGCCCUGGCCCACGGACAGCGCAUCCUGGAGGCCACGGAAGAUGCGUGAAUGUCUUAGAAAACAAAGAGGGAUGGUCACCUCCCCUACGUGAUUCUUGUCAAAAGCCUGCUGGAAAAUGUGCGGUCAAGUUUGAUUGGUUCUUUGGGUUUCUUCCAAAUGAUAUGUGACCCAGUCCAACAAAAUGAGUCUUGAGUUGCCUGAGCUACUUAUGAGUUACAGAUUUUUGAACGGAAUACAGUAGAAACUCUCAGUGUUUUCACUCCAUAAUCACCCGUUUGUCAUACUAAGUGAUAUAUUGAAAUGAAGAGCGAAGUUUAAUUGUUUAAAAUGCAUAGGGGAUUUGAAAAAAGUCCUUCAGAUACACUCUAAAAUGCGCCAACAGUUGGCUAAUAUGUUCCAAAUUUUGUGGACAGCAGAAUAUUGGGACCUGAUCUAUAGCAUGACAUCUUGAGUAUUAUGGGGGACAGGUUGAACAAUUUGUCUCUGACCAGAACUAAUCCUCAUGUUUCUGGAUCGGUUACUUGCAAGAAUAAAUUUUGGCAACUUACAACUCAUUUCACAGAACUUGCUCACAUACUCGUGUCGAUGGAAGUAUUUUGGACUGGCUCAAGUCCGAAUCAUAUGUUAUUUUUUUCAUUUGCUUACAAGUUUAAUUUUGUUUUGUGUAAACUCUUUCCCAGAAAAAGGUCACUUGGAAUUUAAAAAACAAAUGGAAGAAUUUAUUGUAAAGAGCAUUUCGUAUUUGUUUUCAUAUUUUUCUCAGAGCCCACAUUGUAUUAACAAGGAACAAUUAAAGUAACAACUGUUUUGUUGUUUGUUUUUGCAAUUUUUCCCAACAAAAGUAACUACAUGUACCAAUAAAUAUUACAAAUCCCCUUAAUAUUUAUAUUAGCAGAAGAUAUUGCUUCACUCAUUGUAUAUUACCUUUUGAAUUUGCAUGUCAUUUUAUUUAUACCAAAAAUCAAGACAAAUGUUAAAAGAAAAAUAACCUUAAAUACCCUCCUAGAUGUUUUAAAAUUCUCAAUUUUAGGGGAUUUGGGGGAUUGAAAUGGCCCUUAAAACUCAAGUUUAAAAAAAAUACCACCAUUUUUCUACAAAACAAAAGGAUUGCAGAGAAUUGGGGAAGGUUCCUCAACAAAAUAUGCUUUGCCUCACUACGCAUGGUUCUUGUUACCCCAGCAAUCCUGUGAGAGCAUGAUUCGCUUUGAGCCUUUUCUUUCUCUCUGGUUCUUUCUAGAACUCGUCUCAUCCAGAACCUUCAUAUAUCUAUACACCUCGGUAUAUACACACAUCCAGAACCUUGACUGCAGAGGAUCAUUUAUACCAUGCGACACCACAUGGUAAGCAGAGAGAUGCAAUUUUAGUUCCAAGGUGAGAAGACCGAUUAUUGUUUUAAAGAGGUUAUAAGUAUUUGGAUUUUUUUGCAUUUUUAAUCCCUGAUCAAAAUUAACCCUCAAUAUAAAACUAAAUGAUUCGAGAACCAAGUAUAGUUGCAUGGAUUUACUGUUCAAUAACUUGCUUAAUAGGAUACUGGCAGCAUUUUGUUUUUUAUCAGAAAGUUGUAGAGAUAAAUUCUAAGAGCUUCGUUUUUAAAAACUCUUCUUGAGGCCAACCUAAAUAAGCAAGUGUUGUUUGAAACCUGUGUCGGAAU